AUGAGACCCGCGGCGAGCGUUGCUUGCGCGGCUAUAGCUGCAUUGACGUUGCCCGGAGGUGUUUUGGGGCAGACCUGGAGCCGGUGCAAUCCGUUGACAACAGUUUCAUGUCCUGCUGACACGGCUUUGGGCAUGACUAUCAAUGUGGACUUCACCAAGGGCUCCGUUAACUCCUUUGUCGCUUCUGGUGCGCCGACAUAUGACAGCAAUGGCGUCUCAUUCACGGUGGCCCGUGGUGGUGACGCUCCACAGCUCGAAUCUGUGUUUUACAUCAUGUUUGGCCGUGUUGAAGUCACCAUGAAAGCCGCCCCUGGAGCAGGUAUUGUCUCGUCGCUGGUGUUGCAAUCUGACGAUCUUGAUGAGAUCGAUUUGGAGUGGUUAGGUGCCGAGCCCGACCAGGUUCAAUCCAACUACUUUGGCAAAGGCCAGACGACGACGUAUAACCGCGGACAGUUCCACAGCGUCUCGGGCACCCAAGCAAACUGGAUCAAGUAUACCAUCGACUGGACCCAGGACAGGAUCGUGUGGACGGCAGGCAAUUCCGUGUUGCGCACUCUGACCCAGGCCAAUGCUGAGGCGAAUCAAUACCCGCAGACGCCAAUGCAGAUCAAGUUCGGCUCUUGGGCCGGCGGUGAUCCAAGCACCAAUGCUCCAGGCACUGUACAAUGGGCCCAGGGGCCUACGGAUUUCAGCAAGGGACCCUUCAGCAUGUUGGUCCAGAGCAUCACUGUCACAGACUACUCUACUGGUAAGCAGUACGUCUACAGCGACAACUCUGGCUCGUGGCAGUCCAUUCAAGCCGUCGACGGCAAGAUCAACGGCAACGCCAACAAUGAAAACGCCCUCACCAUCACAGCCAGCGCUAGCAAUGCUGCCAGUACCCCAACAGCCGUGCUGUCCAUUCCCGUUGGUGGCAUCGGCACGAAUAAAGGCUCAGCUACGGCCACCCAGAGCUGGCCGUGGGUUGCAGGUGCCACUAUCGGAAGCAUUCCUAGCGGUUGGCAUAUGAACCCAGACGGCAAGAUUGCACGCAAUGCGGGUGCGGCCUCCCGCGUGCCUCUGCCGUCGCUGUUGGUGCUUCUGAUGAGUCACUUUGCUAUUGGUGUGUUGGCCUUUGUGGCAAGGAUAUAA